AUGGCGGAUUCCGGCGCCUCCGAAGCUUCACUUCUUUCUACUCUCGAAACAUCAUCCGAUCUGUCCUCAAUCCACCGCCUCUUCUCCGCCCACCUGAAACCAUUUUCUCCGGUCCUCGUAAAACUCGAAACCCUAAAAAAACCUUCCGAAAUCAACUCCGAAACUCUAACCGCAAUCCGAUCCCUCGCGAAGAAAUUCCUAUCAUUUAUCAGCAAAUCCUUAGGUCUCCUCCCCAAACGCCUAACUCAAACCCCCCAAAUCGACUCGAUUUACGUCUCCGGUCUCUUCGAAACCUUCGAGUUAUGUUUACGCUGUUUAGAAGCCGUUUCGUCUCAGUUAGUAUGUAAACCUCAUCAUGUUCAGAUCCAUAGGUCUCGGUUAAUGAGAUGUUAUGAGAAUUGGGGGAGAUAUGAUGAUGCUGAAAAGGAAGGGGAGUCGAUUCUCGAGUUUAUUGGGAAUUUGUGUGGUGGAAAAGUGAAAGGAAGAGUUGUUCCUGAAUUUAAGGAGGAGAAAGGCGAUAAAGACGUCGCGAUGUUGGUUUUUGAAGUCGUUGUCACUAUGACGAAGUGUGUCGCGAAUAGGCAAAGUGAGAAAAAGGAGGAUUAUGAAAGAGUUGUUAAGAUGGUUGACGAUAUCCAGCCGUGGUUGAGGUUUAUUGGCGCGGAUGGAUAUGAUAAGUGGCAUAGAAUGCUUGUGUCGUAUAUGCACAAAUGUGCGUUGUUUAUGGUAGGAAAACUAGCAAAGUUUGAUGAGAAGCUGACUCACAAGUUUUGUGUUUCAAUAUUUUCAGAAUAUAAAAGAUCGUCUUUGAAUGAUCAAAUAGAAAAGUUUGCACACAAGAUAUGUAGCUCAAUUUUUUCGCAGCUGGAUGGUAAAAAUUUGUGUAGUGUAGAGAUACUAACUUUGGUGUUGGAUACUAUGGCUAACGAAUGCAAGAUUGAUAAAGAGAAGUCUAAUAAAGAUUUUCUGGAACUUGUUGACUAUUGUGCCAUGAAAUGCAGAAAUGCAACUGUAGAUUUUUGUGGUGCAGUUGCAACUCACUUUGACAAACUAGCACCUGCCUUUGUUAAGGUUAAUUUAUCGCCGGUUAAGUUGAUCUUGAGGCUCUAUGCUAUAACAUUACGUAUAAGUGAUUUGAAUUAUUAUUCAAGAGGGGGUAACCCCAGUCUACAAAAAGUUGGAAAUGACAUGUAUGGUUCCAAACAUUUGUUUGCAAUGGAGAAUCAGCUACAGAGUUUAAGAAUCUCCAUCAGUGCACAUGUUGGGAUCUAUAUUCCUUUUUACUUCACUGCAUUAAAGUUUUUGUGUGAGCCACUUUCCGUGUUGAUAAAUUCUCAGCGUAAAGAGAUACUUUGCCGAUCUGAUGACAUGCCAGCUCCUGUCAAGCUACCCAACAUUGAGAAUGUUUUUCGACAGUUCAGACGUGUUUUUGAUGAUUACCUAUGCAGUGAAUCUGAAAAGAAUAAUUUAUACGAGGACAACAGCCGAUCCGUACUUGAUGUAGCUAUUGCUGCUUUCACGCUAUCUUUUAUUACAAAGAAAAGUUUUGAGGAAAAUACGAGUAUUCUAACAGAGCUUAUUUCAGCUGAGUGGGUGCAAGCUAAUGGUCUAAAAUAUCUCUAUGCAUCUCUACACAAUGUUGGCAUAGUGUUGUACAGAACUGAUAGAUUAAAAGAGGCAACACACUCAUUUAAACUAUGCUGCCAAGCAGCAUGGAAUUGUGUAAUAGAGCUUUCUAAGACACGUGGUUCAAGUAAAGAUAAGUCUGCAAAUGAUCUCUCAGAGGAUGCCGUAACUGCUUUUGCAACAGAGACAUGUGCAAAAAGUGCAUUUCUAUUGGAUAUACUUUACCAAUGUGGCAGUGAUGAGAUCAAUAUGAUCCUAAAAGAGUUUCUUACAAGCUGGUUUGAUGCUCAAAACCGUUUUGACAAGAUUCCGGUCCCAGUAGCGUUGGUUAAACAGUGGGUGAAGAUUCAAUGUAAAGAAACUAAAGACCCUGGAGCUGGGAAUAAGGCUCCAACUCUAUAUUCUCUGAUGUCAUCUAUUUUGACAAUGCCAACUGUUGGUAUAUUGUUAGAGCAGGAGCUUCAAAUGUAUAUGGAAAUGAAGUCACUUAAUCCAGAGCUGAGUAAAGUUAUGCGAACAGCUAUCUCAAAUAUCCUUUUAGGAAAGAUCUACCGUACAAAAGAUAGUUAUUAUCAGAAGUUCAGACUUCUCAUUGCAAAUGCCAUGGAAUUACGCACAUGUGGAUUUGAAGGUCUGGAUGAAUGCGUCAAAUCUUUAUCUGAAGUAAUAUCUUCAAUGAGUGACAUGUACAAUAAAGAUGAGGAGGCCCCUGGCCGAGUUUGUGAUCUAUUAGCAGAGGCUUAUUGCUUACAUGCCUUGUGUACCCAAGAAGCAGAACCAAACUCAAAGUACAUUGUUCAAGAUAUUGGCAAAGCCCUAAAGCUAUGGCUGAGCCAAGAACAUUCUCAAUCUGCUGAAGUGACUUCUCAGAGUACUCUUUUCUUGUUGUACCAUGUUGGCGAUAUGCUAUCCCUUAAGGGCUACAUGGAAGAUCAUUCUGAGAUAUUUGAGAUGAUGUUCAGAUAUUUUACAUGGAAGAAUUUUCCUAUAAAACAGUGUUUGGCUAUGCUUUGGCAGUCGAGAAGCCUUAGUCAUGCUCUUUGCACUUCAACUGUGAGUGAUGCAUUCAUCCUGACAUUGUCACAGCACUGUAACUUGACCAAGUCCAAGUCAAUGGAGUUUUGGAUAAGCUGUAUGGAUAAAUCAAAAUCGCUUGAAGUUGGCUUUAAACAAAGUUUUUCAAUCAUAUCUACUCUUUCAUCACCUGACUCUCAUAAGCAUGAUCAAACCCUCCCACUUGUGACAAUCGAUGAAGUCAAACAUGCUGCUUCUGAUUUGAUUAAAAAUGCUCCUUCAUCUAGCAAAUCAUUGUUUCUUGCUGCACAUCUUUAUUUUGAUUUGGCUGAGAGAUUAGUUGCGAAAGGAUCAAUGGUUGAGGCUCUUUCUUACUCAAAAGAAGCUCACCGUUUGCGUACUAGACUACUUCAAGAAAACUUUGUGUACACGGUAGAGCAACAUAAUGAUGUUUUUAGUGCUAAUGGGGAGCUGAUUCAGAAACGUGGAUAUGGACUUAAGAGUUUUCACAUGCUUCCUUCAGUGGCUACGACAGUUUGGUCAUAUGUUAAGGGUUCCAGUGAUAUCAACGACUUUAUUUUAACCCCAUGGAAUGUCCUUCGCUGUUAUCUUGAAAGCAUUCUUCAGGAGGGAGCUAUUCAAGAAACUGUAGGAAAUGGACACAAGGCUGAAGCUCUUUUAUUGUGGGGGAGGAAUAUUUCUGCAUUGCAAGGCCUGCCAAUCUUUCUAGUUAGUUUUUCUUCCGCUUUAGGAAAGCUAUAUCGUAAGCAGCAACUUUGGCAUUUAGCUGAAAAGGAACUAGAAAGUGCUAAGAGUAUAUUGGCUGACUGCUGCAAUCUAAUUUCUUGCUUGAAGUGUCGAUCAAUAUUGGAUGUUACAGUUGACCAACAACUAGGUGAUCUGUUCAGAACUCGUUUUACUAGCAGUACUGGUAAUAUACACGACCGGGAUUUAUCCAAAGCUGAAACCUUAUAUAGAUCUGCUGCUGACAAGCUAAAGCUUCCCGAAUGGAAUAAUUGUGUUAGUAACCCGAAGGAAACAACUGCAAGAAAUACAAUGUUUUGUAAUGCUCUUUUUAUCGCUGAGAAUGACCUUGGCAUUUCAUCUGACUGCGGAAAUCAGGCAGCACAAAAGGAAAUUCAGCCCAAAGUAACUAGAAAGGGCAAGAACACUGCCAAGGCUUUACCUCAGCCACAAAGAGUAAGCUCUAGAAUUACCAGAUCCUCUAAGCAAAAGAGUGAACAUGCUCAAAAUAACAUGCAGAACUUUGUAGAGAGCGAGCAAGUACUUGCUUGCGAGGAUGCAAUUAUCAGAAAGGGGAUACAGAAGUCAAAAGUUGACUGUAUUGCUACUUGUGGAUGCGAAGUUCCUUGUGUUUGUGAUGAUAUCUGUUGCUGGCAUUGUCUUCCUUUUGGAGUUAUGAAAUCUUUGUCAGUGAAAAGUAUAAUACAGUUGAAAUGGGAGUGCACUCGCAGGCGUCUUUUGAUUAGAUUACUCAUUGGGACAGGAAAAUGCAUGGAGGCCCUUGGUCAAACUCAGAGAGCACAUGAAGUAUUUAUGGAGAGUAUAUCUGUUUUAGUUUGUAGGAGCACGUUUCAAAAUUGUCGCUCAGUUUCAGUCAUGCUUCUGUCAGAUUUAAUUCAGAAGAAUGUUGCUGGAGAGGUGUUUGCAGUUGAGCAUGCAUCAAUUCUUCUCAAUAUAUGUUGGUUCUUGUUAAAACACUCGCCUGGAAAAUGUACAAGUGACACGUUCAUUCCCAUACCCAUAUUAGUGUCUGGAUUAAGGCUGUCCUUCAUCUUAUGCCGUGAGGUUCCCAAACUCUUCCAAAAGGUUUCACGGCUGCUUUCCAUUUUGUAUACACUUGCUCAUUUGAAUGAGACAUUUUCUACGCUAUUGUCAUCUGGAAAUGCUCCAUCUGAAUGUCAUUGGGCAGCAUAUUUUCAUCAAGCGUCACUUGGAACUCAUCUUAAUUACCAGCUGUUUUCUCGUUUCGAGAAGCCAGGAGAUCCACAAACUAUGAAUGUUGACGGCUCUUGUCUUUCCAGCUCAGCUUCUCUCAGUUCCCAUAGGCUGGCACCCGAAUCAGUAUUGGAUCUCGAAGAUUUUGUAUUAAUGUUUUUUAAAGGUCUUCCCCGUACGACAAUUAUCUGCAUUAGCAUGCUCGGAGAUGGUUAUGCCAACUGGUUGAGAGAUUUAUUACCACAUGAUUCUCCUAUUUAUGCAUGGAUAAUGUUUUCUAGGCUGAAUUUAGAUUGUUCACCUGUUGUAGUUGUUUUGCCGGUUGACUCAAUCUUAGCAGGAAGCUCAACAGAUGAUGAAUAUUUAAGUUCUACUAUCUUAUUCGACAAACAACACUCUGACAAAUCAUGGAAUUGUCCAUGGGACCACACUAUUAUUGAUGAAGUUGCACCACUGUUCAGAAGAAUUUUAGAGGGAAACUAUUUAUCGUCAUCUGGAUCCACUAUGGAGGAUACCAAUACAAAUAGGAAGUUAUGGUGGAAUCAGAGGAGAAAGCUUGAUCAAUGGCUUAGUGAUCUUCUGAGAGACAUGGAAGAUUUGUGGUUUGGGGAUUGGAAAUACCUACUUCUGGGGGAAUUGUCAGACCAAAAGGAAGUUGAUACUGUACAAGAGAAAGUGAUGAAGGACCUUAAAUCCAAGGGUAAGUUUGAUGUACAAGAUAGCAUUCUAAGAGCUGUAAUUGGAGGUGGCGUGCAUGGCUUGUCACAGGAAGAAUGCUUAUCUGAGCUAAUUACGAAGAAAGGAUGCUACAUUGGUGGAAGAAAAAACAAUAAUGUUAUUCGUGAAGUUGGAGACGAAGAUUUUGUAGAUAGAGAACCUGUUAUAUUGGUGCCGGAUGCUGACAUUCAGAUGCUACCAUGGGAGAACAUGCCGGUCCUAAGAAACCAGGAGGUCUACCGUAUGCCAACUGUUGCCAGUAUCUCAUGCACAUAUGACAGGUGCUGCCACAUUCAGGGAGAGGUUGGCAGGGAUUCUGCAAUCUUUCCUAUGAUUGAUCCAUUGGAUGCAUACUAUUUGCUUAAUCCAGGUGGUGAUCUUAGCCACACAGAAGCUGAAUUUGGGAACUGGUUUAAGGAUCAAAAGUUGGAGGGGACAAGUGGAACCUCACCUAGUGUGGAUGAACUGAGUGUGGCUUUAAAGAGCCAUGACCUUUUCAUUUACCUUGGCCAUGGAAGUGGGGUACAAUAUAUUCCCGGAGAUGAGAUUCAAAAACUUGAGAGGUGCGCAGCUACACUUCUUAUGGGUUGCAGCAGUGGGUCGUUAUCUUUAAAUGGAUCAUACACCCCAAAAGGUGCUCCCCUGUAUUAUCUUUUUGCAGGUUCACCUGUAAUUAUUGCCAACUUAUGGGAUGUAACAGACAAAGAUAUUGAUCGGUUUGGUAAAGCCAUGCUUGAUGCAUGGAUAAAAGCAAGAUCAACGACCUCAGUGGAUUGUGCACAAUGCACUGAAAUUUCAGAAAAAUUGAAUGACAUGAACGUAGAUGGGGGUAAAAGAAAAGGGAAGAAAAAAAUAUCACAAAGUAAAUCUACUGAUGCUAUUACUUCUAGACUUAUUUGUAAACACAGACCAAAGAUGGGGGCAUUUAUGGGAGAAUCCAGAAAAGCCUGCACACUGCCAUAUUUAAUUGGAGCUGCACCUGUGUGUUAUGGCGUUCCCACCGGUAUACGAAAGAAAGAGUUGUGACAUGUUAAUUUUGUUUAUUAUAGAUGUAGGUUAUCCAAUCUGAUGUGAAGUCACAUACGUAUAUGCUUUGUACUAGAUAGCAAUCUGUGUAGUCUGUAAGAGCAAUAUUAUGCAUAGUGACACCUGUAUGAGUAUACUCUCGAAAGAAUUAAAUUAUACGCAAAAUAUAUAUAUAUAGA